GCUUCCGUAAUCAACAAAUCAGAAUUGAUUUGAAGUUUGAAAAGUCAAUUAGAAAAAGUUUUUUGAAGUUUAAGGUAAAAAUGAAAGUUGAACACAUCGAACAUAUCGAAGUUAAAGAUGAACAUAAUUACAAUGAAAAUGAUGUUAUUUCGGCAAGGGAUCGUUUGAAAGGGGCUCUUCAAGAUCUAGUACAUCACGAAGACGAUGAAACUGCAUCAAGUGAAGAUGACAAUUCAAGAUAUAAACAACCAAAGAGACCGAUUGAUAGUCCUUCGAGAACGAAAACUAAAAAACGUCGCGUUGAUAAUGCUAUCAGUAACGCUUUCCAUCAUACUUACGUCAUGAAACUGUUCGAUCGAAGUGUGGAUUUAGCACAAUUUGAAGAAGACACGCCAUUGUAUCCGAUUUGCAGAGCUUGGAUGGCGAAUCAACCACGUAAUCCACAUUAUGUAAUCAAGCGUAGACUUUCAAGUCCUGAACCAGAACUAACGAGAUUAAAUAUAAAUGGAGAUGAUGAUAGUCCUAUAUCCGAUAUUCAUCGAUUACCACCACCAGCAAUGGAAUUAGUGAAUCGUAUACCAUCACCUCUUCCAGAACAAAUUGAAACUAAUUUCGAUGUGGACAUUUUUGAUAAUAAAAAUCCUCCAUCUCGUGAAGAACUAAUGCAAGGUCAUCAAACACGAUGGGUUAACGUACGUCGAAAAUGGCAAGAUCAGGCGAAAAAAUAUGAAGAUCGAUAUUUUCAAAGUACAGCUGUUUUAACGGCAAUUUAUAAUAAGGCUCAAGAAAAUAUGGCGUAAAGUAAAUUUUAAUUUAUAAGCUUAUGUGUGUA